UAUCACUCCCAUUUUUCAUUUAUAUCCAGCCGAUUUCAUAGCGUCUUCCUCAAGCGCUCUACCCUGCACUUCUCCAUAUAUAAAACUGAAUUAUUUCUCACACUAGGGUUUUAAAACCUCGUCAGGGUAAAACGGUGUUUCAGAAAUUCGAGUUUCAGCUGAUUCUUGCACAUUUAGCUUGGCGCCGCGGUUGCAUUGAAGUAUAUGUUUGAGAAAAGAUGGGUUUUGAUAUAGAGUGCAUAAUUGACAUUCAUACUUACCCAGGGGAGUUCUUUUGUCCUGUUUGUCGCACACUUGUAUACCCAAAUGAAGCACUUCAGUCUCAGUGCACUCAUCUAUAUUGCAAACCCUGCUUGGCACAUGUUGCUAAUGGCAGCCGUGCCUGCCCUUAUGAUGGAUACUUGGUGACAGAAUCAGAAUCUAAGCCACUAAUUGAAUCGGACAAAGCACUGGCGGACAAAAUUGGCAAAGUUAAAGUGCAUUGUCUCUUCCAUCGGAGUGGAUGCACAUGGGAGGGUCCCCUAUCUGAGUGCACUUCCCACUGUUCUGGGUGUACUUUUGGAAAUUCACCGGUCAUAUGCAACAGAUGUGGAGUCCAAAUUGUGCAUCGUCAAGUACACGAUCAUGCCCAGAGUUGUCCUGGUGUAUAUCAAACACAGCAGACAGCAGAGAAUGCCCAGGGAGCUGCUAGCUUGGGUCCAGCCUCCACUACGACUGCAGCAGACUCGAACCAAACUGCUGCCCAACCAGGAGCUCUGACUUCUCAGGCUCAGAAUCCACAAAGUACUGCUGCUGCUCUGCUGCCUGGACAAGAUCUCAACCAUCAAGUAAACCCCAACUUUCAAGCUCCAACUGGUGCUACUACUGCCGUGCCAACUCCAGAGCAGUGGUAUCAGCAACAAUAUCAGCAAUACUAUCAGCAGUAUGCAGGAUAUGAUCCUCACCAACAGUCUUAUCAUCAAUACUAUCCCAACCAACAGCAGCCGGUGCAACAGUACCAGCAGAAUUCACUGCAUAUGCAGGGGCAGCACCAAUCUCAAGCACAUGCCCAGCCACAGCAACCUCAAAUCCAGAUGCAGCCCCAAUCACAGGUCCAGCCCCAGCUGCAUCCUCAAACCCAACCACCCCAACCCCAACCCAAUGUGCAACCGCAACAUCAGUCCCAACCCCAACCCCAUCCCCAGCCCUCACUGCAGCCUCAAACUCAGUCUCAAUCACAAGUUCCAGCUCAGGGGCAACAACAAAUGCAUGCACCUGUCCCAGCUCCAGGUCAUCAAAUAAAUCCAUUGCAGCAGCUCCACCCAGCAAUGCAGUCCCAGGCUCAGGUUUUAACACAGACCCUAUCAGCCCCCCCUGGUCAAUCAGCACCUCAGCCUGUACCCUACCCCCAGGGUCAGACUCUGCCUGUGUCGAUGCGACCACCUGUCCAACAACAGCAGAUGCCUCAAUACUCGCAACCUCAAUCACUGAUGUAUUAUACUCAGGCUUCUCAAGUUCAGCAUCCACCACAAAUUCAGCCUCAACCACAAUUGCAGCCUCAUUUGCCAGCUCAACCACUGGCACAUCUUCAACAUCCUCCACAGUCCCAUCCUCAGCUCCGUCCUCAGCUCAAUCAACCUUCAGCUUCUACACCCCAUCCCCAAGUCCUACAUCCGACAGCUCCUGCAGUUACGGGUCAUCACUCUUAUCCACUGCCUCAUCCAGCCCAGCAAGUGCAAUCAGGAGCAUUGCAGCAACAUCCCAUGCAUCCAUAUCCUAAUGGGUCUCUGCCCCCUGCUCACAUUCAUGGUCAGGUCUCGCAGCAGCCUGCAUUUGUGCGGCCACCUCAUUCUCAUGGUCAGCUACCCCAGCAACAAGCGUCAACGGUUUUUCCACCUCAAGGUCAGGUCUCUAGUAUCCCUCCGGCACAACAGCAGCAAUUCCAACCUCAAUCUCAACAGCCAGUCCAUCAAAUUCAACAUAUGCCUGUCAUGCAACCAGUUCGACACACUGUGCCGCAGCAGCCUUUUCUGGCAGCUGUUCAAAGUCAGUUACAGCAGCAUGGUCAUUUUGUGCAGCAGCAACAGCCUCCUCAGCCUCAGUUGCUUAUGAUGCAGCAAAAUGUUGCAGUGCCACAAGGCUCGCUACCUCUGCAGCCUAAGAGUAAUGUUAGAAGGCCUGCGAUGGACAAUCAUGUGAUACCACCACAGUCCUUUCCACAAUCUUCGGCUGGUUUUGGUGCUGCUCAGCUUAGACCUGUGCAGCCCAAUCUAAACCAGCCAUCAACAAAUCAAAGUUAUGCCAGAUCUGUGGUGCUGGAGAGGCCAGAAGAAUUAGAGAAUCAUGAAACCUCACGAGGAGUUGGAUCAUCUCCUGAGAACAUCAUGCGAAAAGAUUUUAAGGUUCUAGGGACUGAUGCAGAUGUGAAAUAUGUAACAUCUGAAACAGUCCAGAAUAAUGACCAAAAGUAUAUAGGAGAGAUGGUAGAUGAGUCUGGACAAAACAGAACAGUUGACAAGGAUGCUGCAGAAGAUGGAGCGGGGAGUUCUUUGAACUCGUCUGAUGGCAAACUGGUUGAAACU